AAAUGGCGGCUGCGGAGAGCUCCGAUAUGAUCGGAUUCUUUACCUCGUCAGUCAGUCUCCCUACUCGCCUUCUCCGUUAUCUACAGAUCGCCAUGGUUGCUCUCGCGAAGUUUGUUCCUCUGGCAAUGGCGGGAAGUUCAGCUCCCGCGCAGACCUCGUGGCGGUUAUGGGAGCAGGAAACAGAAAGCGGCGUCAGUUGGUAAGACACAACGACUCCAUCGCUAGAAAUGGGGGAAGAGAUAACGGAUGACAGCAUAACAACUGUCAUUUCAGGAGAGAGAUAGGGGCGAUUGCAGGGGACAGCUUCGUUCCCCCCCGCUUGAUCAGCAAUGGCAGAGAACAAGAAGGACAUGAUUCGGCUGGAGCGGGAGUCCGUGAUCCCAAUUCUGAAGCAGAAGAUCAUUACCACCCUCGCCAACCUCAUAGGGUCUGAUGCUGAACGCGAGGACUUUUUGAACCUUUGUCAGAGAGUUGAACACACUGUUCGUGCUUGGUAUCUUUUCCAAUUUGAAGAUUUGAUGGAACUGUACUCCCUCUUUGACCCUGCAAACGGACCUCAGAAAUUGGCGCAACAGGACUUGUGUCCUGAAGAAAUUGAUAAACUUGAACAGACCUUCCUCAAGUACCUAUUUCGGGUUAUGGAAAAGAGCAACUUUAAGAUCGCGACAGAAGAGGAGGUUGAUAUUGCACUGUCUGGCCAGUACCUCUUAAAUCUUCCUAUUUCCGUCGAUGAAUCUAAGCUGGACAAGAAGCUGUUGAAGAGGUACUUUGAAGAUCAUCCUCAGGAGAAUCUACCAGAUUUUAUAGAUAAGUAUGUUAUCUUCCGGCGUGGUGUUGGGAUCGAUCGGACAACUGACUACUUUUUCAUGGAGAAAGUGGACAUGAUUAUUUCACGUCUAUGGUCAUUUUUGCUGACAUUUACCAGGAUCGAUGAACUUUUCUCUGUGAAGCCAAGCAAAUGCCAUAAGAAAAAUACCAAAAAGAACAAUGAAAUUACAGCCGAUGAUUGCGAAGAGCAGAAUGAACUUUAUGUUGAACGUCUCCGUAUCGAAAAUAUGGAACUGAGCUUACAAAAUUUGAUGAGUAAGACCACGAUCCAGGAACCCAUCUUCGAAAGGAUAAUUGUUGUUUACAGGCAAGCAAGUACAGAAUCAAAAACAGAACGCGGAAUAUAUGUGAAGCAUUUUAAGAACAUUCCCAUGGCUGAUAUGGAAAUAGUUCUUCCAGAGAAGAAAAAUCCUGGAUUAACUCCAAUGGAUUGGGUGAAGUUUGUGGGCUCUGCGAUAAUUGGGCUGGUCGCAGUAUUUGGUUCCGUCGAAAUGCCUAAAGCAGAUCUUUGGGUUAUCUUUGCCGUCCUUUCUACUGUGAUUGGUUACUGCGCCAAAACAUAUUUCACGUUCACGGCAAACUUGGCUGGAUAUCAGAACUUGAUUACCAGGUCCAUGUAUGACAAACAACUGGAUAGUGGCAAGGGGACUCUUCUACAUUUGUGCGAUGAUGUGAUUCAACAAGAAGUUAAAGAGGUUAUAAUAUCGUACUUCAUACUGAUGCAACGAGGCAAAGCCAGUUUGCUGGAUUUGGAUCUGCGGUGCGAGGAACUAUUGAAAGAAGAGUUUGGUGAGACCUGUAACUUUGACGUGGAUGAUGCAGUUCAGAAAUUGGAGAAAUUAGGAAUUGUUUCACAGGAUGCCCUGGGAAGAUAUUCCUGCAUGAGCCUUAAACAAGCCAACCAGAAGAUCGGGACCACGAUAGAGGAGCUCAUCCUCUUGGCGAGACAAAGCAAAGGUCCUGCGGAUUGAUCCAUAUUACGAUCCAAAGACAAUUUGACUGCUGAACACCUGAAAGACAGCCGGGGCCGUCUUGUUUUCUGGAGUUGGCACUGCUUGUUUCAAUCGUGUAAUUAUGACCAACUGAUGAUAGUUGUCAAUUGUAAAUUCAAUCAUUUGGCAUUAUUAAAAAUCCACUUUUUACCAAUUUCCUUCAAA